AUGAGCACACUCCGGUCUUGUAGCGGACCACGUCAGUCUGGAAAAAGACGAAAGAUACAGGCGUUGGUGUGGGUGCUAUUGUGUGCGUGUGUGUUGCGCGGGGUGGCCGGUGAGUGCCCGAAGGUAUGCGAGUGUAAGUGGAAAGACGGAAAGGAGACAGUCACGUGUAUUGGUGCAGAUUUCGUAGACAUUCCACGUCAGCUGGACCCGUCCACUCAGGUGCUCGACCUACAGCACAACGACCUGCAUAUGCUGCCCCGUGACGCCUUCGUCGACACGGGUCUGGUCAACCUGCAGAAGCUGUGGCUCAGCCACUGCAAACUAAAACACAUGGAACGCGGCUCUUUCAACAUGCUCGACAACCUGAUCGAUCUGGACCUGAGCCACAACCUGCUGCGCGUCGUGCCCACCGCCUCUCUCAUCGACAUCUCGGGGCUGCGGGAGCUGAGUCUAGCCAACAACGACUUGGCCACCAUCCCCGCUGAUGCCUUCGCUCCCACCCCUGACCUGGUGCAUCUGGACCUGUCCAGUAACCGCAUCCGGAGCAUCAACCCCAAGGCGUUCCGGUGUCUUGCUACGCUGGAGAUCCUCAAACUGUCCAGUAACUUGCUGGUGUACCUGAUGCAAGACCUUCUGGUACCGCUCAAUGCCUUGCACGGCCUCAACCUCAACGACAACCCAUGGACCUGUGACUGUCGUCUGCGGCCCAUGCGACAGUGGAUGCUGGACCACAAGAUCACCAGCUUGUCACCACCGACCUGUGCACGGCCAAAACGUCUCAACGGCAUCAGUUGGGAGCUCCUGGAGCUGGACGAGUUCGUCUGUGAGCCACAUAUCUUCCCCGAGACGCCGAGGGUUGAGGCCGACACCGACGACAGCGCUUCUCUGGUCUGUCGGGCCACAUCCGACGUCGAAGUCUCCAUCAGCUGGCUGUUCAAGCAGCAGCCCCUGGAGCCUCUCCGGAAGUCCCGCCGCUACAGAAUAAUUAAGCACCUCGUGGCCAACCAAUCCGCCAUCAUGUCCAACCUGACGAUCCGGCGCGUGGAGCCGCGGGACCAGGGGACGUACACGUGCGUGGCCGAGAACAAGGCAGGACGGAGCGAGGCCAACCUGACGCUUGAUGUAGCGCGGGAAGAGGCAGAGGAGAGCCUCAGUACAUUUAUGGACAAGAAGUAUAUGACGGGCAGCCUCCUCUCUGGUCUGGGCGUGCUGGUUACCAUAUUGCUGCUGGUGAGCUGCGUCGUCCAUCGCCGUCAGCGGGUGCGGAGAUUUCGCCGGCAGGAGGAAGAUCGCGAGAUGCGGGGUGUCAAUGCUUGUGCCAUCCCUCCUGCCGCCACCACCAACGCCACGGCCCCGGCCCCGGCCCCCGUCGCGCCGCGCCCGCCGGCCACACAGCAGCGGAAACCCUCGGAUUACCUCGUCAUUCCAUCCGGAGGAGAACCUGACGCGCCGCCGCUGAUCCCGCUGCAGAGGGACGACGCGUGGCUACAGCCCGAGGCCAUCAACGGCGGCUACACGCGUUCAGCCUACCUGGAGAACGGCAGGUACGACAACUCCAGCCUAGACCGGUACCGAGAAGACAUCAUGGACGAUAUGCGUGGACACCAACGCUCGCCCAGCACCAUCUCUUACGUGGAGCUGCCGUCGACGGAGCUGCCUCGGCGACAGAGCACGCUAACGGACAAAGAGAGUCUCAUGAACCUCGAGUUUGAGACGGACAUCCUGCGGCGAGAGUGCAGCCCCACGGGGUCGCUGGUGUCUGUCGUGAGCAACGGCCAGCUCGAGGACCUGCUGGGCCUGCCCUACCCGGCGCCCCGGCGGGAAACUACGAAGGCCUUCCACCACCCGGACGUGAACAACAUAGCCAGAAAUUCCGCCGCCUCGCCCAGGAAGCACCACAGUCCCACCGCCCACCACAGCCCUAACGCCCUGCCUCGCCUCCCUUCCAGACACCGUCCUUACCUCUACGAUGAAAGACGGAGGGACAGACUACCCUACGACCCUAGCUCCCUCAACGCCAGGUGCUACAGUGCUCUUAACCUGGCCAUGAGCGAGGCUGCCACCCACGCGUUCUUCUACCCCCGAGGGCGGCGGCCGGCUACGCGCUACCCCUCGCUGCCCUCCACGCCCAUGCUGGCCAAGGACGACAACGCCAUCACGAGGAACCACGACGCCCGGAGACUUCGGAGGUUGAUGAGCGCCAACAGAGGGGUGUACCGGUCUCUGGAGGGCGCGGGGGACCUGGCCAACUCCUUCCUGUACCAGUACCCGACGGUGCAGCUCGAGAACUACCACAAGGAUUACCGCAGCGUGCAGAAGCGACUCAGCAGGAGGAUGGAGAAGCGGGAUGCGCUGAAUCGUGCCGGGGGGUCAGCCUCCAGGCUGACGGACGACCUGCGCGGCUCCACGGCCUUGCUGGGGGGCCGGGGCCCCGCUCCCCCCGCCCUUACCCGUGGGAGGCUGAGUCGCGCUAGCAGCCUCACGCCCGACGUGACGGGGGCCCUGAGCAGGGACCUCACCGACAGCUUUACCCGCAGCGUCACGGGCAGGCUCAGCCGCUCCGGCAGCCUCACGCGUGACAUCACCGGCGGCUUCACCAGGGACGUCAGCCUGACGCGGGACCUCACGGGGAGCCUCACGCGUGACGUCACCGGCGGCCUGACGCGUGACGUCACCAGCAGUCUGGCGCGAGACGUCACGAGUACUUUAGCACGUGAUGUCACUAGCAGUUUAGCGCGUGACGUCACCAGCAGCCUGACCCGUGACGUCACUACCGCGUUGACGCGUGACGUCACGAGCAGUCUGGCCAGGGACAUCGCCACCAGCCUGUCGCGGGACGUGGCGGACAGUCUGAAGCACGAGGUGGGCGGCGGCGUGGACCUGUUCAGCGACGCCUCGCCGUCGUCACCCUACCUGGACAUGGAGCUGGGCUUGGCGCGCGGGCGGCCCCGGGCGGCCACGGAGCCCCUGCUGGAGGUGACGCGGUCCGGCGUGCUGGGCCACAGGAAGCCGAGCCUGGCGCUGGGCCGCGCCGAGACCAUGCGCGAGGCUAUGGCGAGCCACGUGCUGAGUCCUUCUGACUCGAUGAUCGACGCCAUGCAGAGCCGCGCCGAAAGUGUGCGAGAUCACCAGCCGGACCCCAUGAUCGAGGUGACGCCCGCCGAGCCGUCGCGCCCCACCGAACCCCUCAGGUCCAUCCUGAAGAACAGGUACGAGGGUGGCGGCCUCCUUUACAAGGGUGAGUACACGAACAGUGCCUACUACGACGACGAGGACGACGCAGACGGUGCUCUCUCCCAGGCCCCCUACAGCCCCCCAGAGUAUAAGGACUACCUCGACCACGGCUCCUGAGGCCGCCCCGCCGCCGCCACCCUCACCACCACCACCACCGCUACCACCACCAGCCCGGCGCCCUCCCCCUCCCGCUACGUGGGAGAGGGACAAGUUUUUAUACCGCUGACUGCUCUUGUUGUUGUUGUUGUUGUUCUUGUUGAUGUUGUUGUUAAAGUUAGAUGCCUUCCAAAGUCAGAGGUCGUCGUCUGCCCCCCCUCCCCCUCCGGGGAGUCAAUGGCGGGGGCGCGCUGUGGCUCCUCCAGUCAGUCUCUCUACCGAUGUCUCGCUUGUCAGGUCUUGGUUACUCAGGAUUCUUUGUUUCUCGUUAGGACCUUCACACAUCACUUGUGCCGCGUUGGGUUUCCUCACUGUGUUCUCCUCCUUUGGUUGAGGCACAAGGCGUCGCGUUAACGUUCCUUUCCUCUCCAUCACCACUGCACCUCACCGCCGCGACGCGGCUGCACGGGCGUCCUGGCGGCCUCCUCACAGCCGACCACCGACUACCCGAGGGUUAACAGGAAGACGCACCCUUCCCCACACACACACACACAUACACACCCACGCACACUCCUAACAACACAAACACACACACACACACACUCACACACACACACACACACACCUCGCAACGUCCCACACCCUCUCCUGUCAGGCUUGGUUCUCAGUGAGUGGCGGCAUCUCGUAGGACAAUCGUGAGGGGGAAGAAGUGUGUUUCUCGGUCAGCCGUGAUACGAGUCAACUUCACAGGGUAUCAACGCUUAAGUCUACAUGCCGACAGUUUUGUUCUCGCGUGUCUUCUCUGUUUUCUCUUCCAGUUAUGGUGAUCAGUAUUCCUCCUUUAUCUGUCUUUUCUCAUCUCUACCUCUCCUCUCUCUCUCUCUCUCUCUCUAGUUAUUCCUUCCUCCUCUUCCAUUCUUCAAUAUUUCUGUCUCACCACUGAUUGCAUGAAUCGUAAAACUUUUCCUGCACCUCUUCCGUCACUGUAACCUAGGACAUAUCUACUUCUUCCUUGUCUUCCACUGAAUGUGUGUCUUUUGAGAACGAUUUCUUCCUCCUAGUUUUUAUUACUGGUUCCCUAGAAGCAGUUCUCUCGCCGACAUUUUUUCUAACUAACUUAAUCUAAUCUACUACAGUUCUUUACAAAGGUGCAUAGAAAGUUUAACUCUAGCGUAAGUCAAGGUCUUCAAAGUUUCGUAAGAUACAUGCAUUAGUUUUCUCGGCGUCUGUCUCUGACUCCUGCAAUAAGACACUUUGUUGUCCCCGUCUAACACCUCUCUCUGCCCUUCCUUUCCUUCCUUCUUUUUACUAUACUUAUUCACAUUACUUCUUUCCCCUCUAAUUUACCGUUUCUACCCUUCCCUUCCUUCCUUCUGUUCCUACACUUAUUCACCUUCGUUCCCUCCUUUCUAAUUCAUUGUUAUAACUUUUCCUUUUUAAUACGUUUUACUUUCACCUUUUCCUCAAUUAUCUUAACUCCCACACUUUCUCCUCUUUUUUCCCUCACAGCUCUCCCUUCCCCCUACUUCUCUCUCCCCACCUUUUCUUCAGUCUACAUAUCAGCUUUCCUAGCAGCGUAGCAACGUGAGUGAGUGAGAACGUUAGAGUGGCGACGGAUGGACGCAGGGCACAUGGGAGGCUGUAGUGUAGGUUCUGUUUUCUUCCCCCUGCAUCAGUUCCCCCUCUAGGCUGGGAAGCACCGUCGUGGGCCGCCAAGUAGUGAGUGUUGUCUCGUGCGUGCUUGCGCUGACGAGGAGAAGGACGAGUCUACGUGUCUGUCUCCUGAAGGCGACGCUGCGUGUUAGUGUAAAACUCCACAAGGGCUUUACUGCCAUCCCGCGCCGCCCCGGGAACAAGGCGGCGCAGGUGUACAGCCACGUGAGCCCAGGAGACACGUGUUUUGUGGUUAGUUACGUCUGCUUUUCCGUGACGCGAGUGUGUAUGUCUGUGUGUGUUUGUUCUGUCCACCUCCGUCGUGCCGGGUCGAGAGAGGGACGUCUUGGCCACUGAGUCCCGGCGUCGUGGUCUUCGCUGCUCAGGAGGGUGAUGGUAAUGAGUAAACAAACCCAAAGGCGAGGAAGUGUGUGUAAACGAACUAAUUGCGAGUGUCGAAUGCGUUACGUUACUGUGAAUAUGGAUGAGUGUUCCUUUAGGUAUGUUUGUACGUAUGUAUGUGUGGGCCUUAGUGGACUCUUCCCGUGUGAACUGCAGCACCACUAAAUGAAUGUGAUAAGAAAAGGAAAUGAGGAAGAAAAAGAGUGCAGGAAGUGAUGAGAAGAGUAAUAAAACCACCACUGAAAACAAAAGCUUUAGAAAACGUGACAGUGGAUGAAAAUAAGGGUGACUUCGGUGGUCAGGAAAGAAAACGGAAAGAAAACGGACACGGGUUGGCGUCCUCUCUCGACCCACGUUCGGAGGAAGAAAGAAAGAAGCCACGAACGCUGUCGGGCCGUCACCGCCGCCGCCGCCGCCAGAAGGGUGAACCAGGGAGGGGAGGGGGAGCGCACGUUCUUCCCUCCUCCACCGUCACCCCGCCGCGUCAACUCGACUUUAUCCAUCACUGCCAUAAGGUCGGAUUUAGCCCGAGAUCCCGAUAGAUGCAUUCCAGUGUUCAGAGUCUCGCGGGUCAGAAACAAGGGUCUGAACAGGUCUCGAAGCAUCGACCAGCGACUGACCCAUCGAAGUAAUCUUAAGUCAAGGUCAUCAACGCUUCACGAAAAUCAUCAAGGUCAUAUUCAUCAUUACCUUCCCUCUCCCUUUUCCUUCUCCCUUUUCCUCUCCCUCCUCCUCUUCCUCUCCCUCCAUGUUCCUCUACCAGAGCAUCACUAAUAUGGUGCUUCUGGAUCCUCUCCCCUUCCCUCUCCUUCCGCCCUCCCCUCUUCCCCGCCUCUCCCUCCCUCCCCGCCCCCUCCCACCCUCCACUCCCCGUUUCCCGCUCCCAGUCAUCAUUUUUCGUUUAGAGAAAAGAUGGUUGUAAAUACUAAUGAAUGCUCUCUGUCCUGUUCUAAUUAAAAAUGAGAAAAAAAUAUGGUGGCCUGUAUUGCUUUUUUUUACAAUGUUAAAAUGCAACCCUCCCAAAACCCACCCAGCCCUUCCCCCAUUCUCUUAACCCACCUACCCAUGAUCCUCCACUGCCCUCCCUCCCUUCCUCACUUCCCUUCCAUCGCUGGACUCCCCCGAUGCUGCCAACAGUUUCUUUCACAAUCAAAACAACAACUUAGUCCACACAAGCGCAACUUGAUUGUACAUUAUCACACGCGUCGUUACCUCAUUCACGCCAAAGAGUAUGUACUGAUGGCUCACUUUACAAUCAAAAUAAUAAAAAAACGAGAAAGCGUUCUUAAAUACUAAUACUGCUAAUACUACUACUAAUACUAAUAAUAAUAGGCCGUAGGCACAUCAAAAUAACACUACUAUUAUUAAUCUUAUCCAUUUCUGCUUUUCACUCUCCUGUCUAUAAGAAAGUAUUACGUGUAUGCAUAAAUGAAUCUCUCCUUCGAUAACGGUACGGUAAGAAUAUCAUUAUUAUUAUUAUAUUUAACGAGUAAAAAAAAAAAAGUAAAAAGAUCAGGUUUCCUCGAGUCUUUCUUAGCUAAAUCAUCGUCUUCCCGAAGCUUCCCGUAGGUAGAGGCAACACCGGUGGCUCUCCUUGUCGCCCUCAGCUGUCCAGGGGGUUGUGUGGCUCCCCCCUCACCCCUGGCCACCCCUCUCUUCCCUACGUCACCCCAGCCUGCCUCCCACAUCCCGCCCACAUCACCCCCGUGGCUCUUUUCUCACCCUCUUCCCCUGACCUCCCUUGUGGUUUCUUUUUCACCCCCCAGUUUGCCUCCUACACCCCAUGUCAGCCUAUUUCACCCCUAUGGCUCUUAUCUCAUCCCUUUGUCACCUCUCCUUUACAUCUGUCUCCUUCCUUCACUCCCUGCCUCCGUUUACUUCAUUCCUUGUCUCCUUAACCUCUCUGCAUCCUUCCUUACUACCUCAACCUCAAUCCAUGACCCCUGCGUACUCAUCUCUACCUUCCCACUUCUCUGCCUGUUCUUCCUUACCCCCUCAACUUUAAUCCACAACCACUGCCUACCCCCUACCCUUUCUCUUCCUCCCCCACCUGCCUCCAUGCCCAACUCUGCCACCUCAACCCCUACCCUCGUCUCCCCUAAUCAAUGCCACACUCAUAUCCCUGAAAUGGUCUUGUUUUCCUCUCUUCCAUCUCAUGUUUACCCUCCCUUUAGCUUCUACCCCCUCUCCCUUUGCCCACGUGUUCUUUACCUCUUAUGCACUGUCUAUCCUACUCCUGAAUGUCUCUCUCCCUGUAUUCCUCUUUCUCUCUGAUGUAUUCCUCUUUUCCAUCUCAAGUUUGCCCUCCUCUAAGUACCCCCUUCCCCUUACUUCAUGGUUUUUUACCCCUAACACUCUACCUAUCCUGCUGCCCCUGUAUUCGCCUCUCCCUUUGUUUCUCUAUUCCUUGUAUUCCUCUCUCCUAUCCAUGCCUAACUUCCUUCAAGGCAAUUAGUACACUUGUUUCAUUUUCCCUUACCUUCUUCCCAUCAUGCUGUCCCUGUAUUCAUCUCUCCUUUUAUUUCUCUCUCCUGUCUCAUGCCUACCCAACCUUAGCUUCUUACCCCUCUCCCUUAUCACACGUGUUUACCUCCUACCUUCUGCCCGCCUCUGCCACUUAAUUCACUGACGCCCGACUUAACCCUAGAGCUCCCUUUCCAACCCUUCCAUCUCCUCCCUUUCCCCUAUGAUUAAACUCCUUCCUCAUUAGCCUCUUAAUUACCAGUCUCGACCCCUGUCACACUCCCUCCCACGCCCCGUCACACUCUCCCUCCCAUGGUCCCGUUUCCCUCCCGUGCCCCACCCUGCCCCCGGCCCACCUGCCUCUUAUGUCCCUUUCUAGUGCCAAAGAAUCGUAGCCACGCCUGAAGGUUGGAGGAUGUAAGGACCCCGAGUGAGGCUGUUUGACGCGCUUACCUCCACCUGGCUGAUGUUCCUGUUGGGGGGAGAGAGGGAGACAACUGCUCUUUUUGAUUGUUAGAGUUAGCAAUGAUGUUAUUUUUCUAUUAGUGUUGCUCUAGUCUAUGGUUUGUCUUUUUCUUUGUCUGAGAGUGCUCGUUUUUACUGUUCAUAAAUCGAAUUAUAUAAGUCUAGAGGGUAACGUGUCUGUCAAGCACAAUCCUAAAUUUGAUAUGGUAAAGGAGUUGUUAUUAUGGCGAUAGUGAGCUAGUUAGGUGAUUUAGUCGCUGAUUUAGGUAUAUAGUCUAUUUGAUGAUGAGUAUGCAUUUCUAAGACGAGUGAUAAGAAAAGUGAAUACAUGCUUUAAUUUAGGUCAAAGAAAAUAAAAAUAAAAACUGAUUUCCGUCACAUAACAUAAGUUCAAAAUAUUAAUGAUUCGCUGGUAAUUCCUCUCCUCCAAAGAGUAAAUAGACAUUGUUACGUCCUAUGGAUCCCUCUCUUCUUUUCCUGCUCCUUCCCUUCCUCCUCCCUUAUACCUCCCUUCCUCCUCUCCUUCCAUCCCACCUUCCUCUUCUGACCAUCCUCACUUUCCCCUUAUACUAUCUAACAUCCUUCACUCCCUUAUUCCUCACACUUUUCCUCCCUUCUUCCUUCCUUCCCUCCGUCUCUCCCUCAUCCUCCCCGGCAGGAGUCUCCGCCCCUCCCCCCCCCCACGCUAAGGUGUCGUUCGCCUCGCCAUUUGAGUCUCGCUAACAAGACUGUCAAAUGAAGAUUCU